AUGUCCGGACUGUGCGAAGUAAGUUUUUUUUUUGCAAAGGCUUUUUUCGCCGUCCCACCCGGCUUCAUGAAAAGACAGCGCUUUCUGCUCUAGCUGCGCUAGCGUUUGCUCUGCCCUAACUAAAAGCAGAUUUCUAAAUCAGACAGUAAAACUGGCCAACUUUUUUUUCUCUAUCCGCACCUGCAGAUCAACAUGACCUUUGACGAGUGCCUUAAUGACGCCAAGGCCCGUCUCGUCAUGGUCGCCUUCCUGAAGUUCGACGAUGAGGACAAUGAAAAGGUCAUGAAAAUUUUGGAGGACUUGAGCAAGGAAAACAAACGCCUUGUCAUCCUUGCCGUGGACGCAACCAGAAACAUGGUAAGACCAAAAUUAAUUGGGUUCAUUAAAACAAAAAUGAUUUAGGGUCUUGCCAGGCAAUUCAAUGUGACAGCCUGCCCCACCUUCCUCUUCUUCCGUAAUCGAGUUCUGGUAAGUGGCAUGAUUUUAUAUCGUUUUAACGAGCAUUGCAUACUACUGUGAAGUGUGUUUUGGGCGUAUGAGGUAACCCAUGCUUCUGAAAUGCAAUUCGUCCCUUCUGGAGCAGACGUGUCCUUGAUGAGACCAAAUAUCGUCAAAAAACAAAGGGACUUGAAUAAGAUCCCGAGGCGAAGUUAUGCGCUAACAGGAAACGACUAUUUAACACACAGCAGUAACCAGCAUUCCUGACCAAGAUCAGUCGUACUGAUCAGAGUGUCUUUUAAACCAAAGCAUAAAAUUCCACGUGUAGCAUUGCAGAAAGCAGAAUCUGUUGAGACUUUGAAAGAAAUCGAACUUAUGCCUCUCUGUUUCGGUAUUUUAGAUGGGAUCCCGAGUGACAACUAGAGAAACCAAACUGAGGAAGGACGUUGAGAAGUACAGCAAGGUCUUUGUAGCCGUCCCUCAGCAAUGUGAUAAGUAGAUUGUACACCAUGCCCUGUCCUUGUGAAAUAAAAUGCACGCCCAACUGCUGAUUAUACACUUGUACAUCAUCAUGAUUGCACAUUUGAUUCUUUGUGUCACGACAUCCGUUCUUUUACCCCCUGCUCCUCCUCCUAUAUAGACAAACGUAAUACAGAUCGUCUUUUACGCCUUUUCUUCGUUUAGACGUGGUCAAAAAUGGCAGCAGCUUAAGUUCUGAGGCGCGGACGAGAGACGGUUGGAACAGGGGCGAGCAAAACCAACAAAUGUUUUGCCGGGAUCUCUGGGGAACGAGGCCAUAGGAAGCAUUACCGUGAGCUAGGAAGUAGGCUGCUAAAUAUACAGGCAGGGCCACAUUGUUGAUCUAAGGUAGCUGAAUACGUAAUGUAUGGUCAUAUAAGACGUUUUGGUAGAUGGAAGCUCACCGGCCGGACUCAUUCGCCCCAUAGAGCUUUUGUGAAUUAAUCUGGAGCCCCCGCCGGCCACUAGUGUUCUAUCCGGGAAUAAAUUGCCAACAAAGACUAGGGAGACUGAAGUGGCCAUUUCUGGCUUAUUGGUCGUCGUCGUCGUCAGCCAGACGUUUUCAACUCCGAGGUGUGCAUUCCCCCCCCCCCCGGAGGCUUGAUCCCGCGGCCUGCUAGUUGGAAGUCCAACUCCUCUAGCCACCGAGCCGCGGGUUGAUCGCCGUGUCGGUUACGAUUGGAAAUAUGAACGCUGGUAAAUGGACGUUCACCGAUCGGUUACGGGACUCACUCACCUCGUUGUGUGUGUGUACUCUGCAGUGCAUUUUGUUACAAUGACGUUAAGUGAGUAGGAAUGUAGACUUUCGUGUUCAGUCUGUGUACACCUUGACGUUUGCAGCGAGACAACAAAACUCUGCCUUACGUGAGGUCAUCAUACUUCAAAAAUCACACUACCACUUGAACCAAAUUAGCCUUUAUUUUAAGGUAGCUUGGGCGCAUAUGCAAAAGAACUCGAGGGGCUGAUACGUAGACUCCCACUUUGGAUGUGUUGAAAGUUUCAGUAAAAAUACCCAAAAUGGCACUAAUCCCGAACAUUGCUGCAAACACAGUCACAACAGUUUACGAUAAGACAGGGAAUUCGAACUUCUCGUGGUAGAAGGGGUGAUCUUGGUUUAAAUUCCUGAAUUAACCCUAACCCCGACUAUAGCCUGAACUCAAAACCUAACUAAAAUCUCCCUGGGAUCCAUCCCAUGAUUACACGUAUUCCAGGGAGUUCGCAUUUUCGUGCUCUAUCAUGGAACCCUAUGCAAGAAUAAGAAUGGGAGGCAAAAUCAUCCAGGAAAUGUCAGACUGUUUUGUUAAUAUCUUGCCCAGGUCACAUUUUUUACUGAUGUUUAGCUAGUUUAUAUCUUACCUGCAAACACGUACACAGAAACGCUUAGUAGAACUAAAUUUCACUGUAAAUUAUAAUAGCGACCGUUCGACCGCCCAGACCGACGAUAUCGACCAUGUGUUCCACAGCUCAAUGGACGUAGGAACGACGACUUGUUCGUCAGUUCUAUUACAGUGAUAGUAGACUAGCAUAGCACAUAGCGCACUCUUUCCUUCUCCUCACCUGGUCCCGGUGUCAUGUCGGGGCCCAGAUGACCGGAGGUAGAUGAAAACCCAGGUGGCUGGCAUAGCGAAACCAUCGCAUCACCUGGUCCACAAAUUACACUGGCCAGGGUUUUAUGCAACCAGAAAAAAGGGGCAGCUCAGAUACCAACUGGCGUGGCGUGGAGCUGGGUCCUGGUGUGCCACAACGCCCCCAAUGUUGGAAUUUGUUAUGGGAGCGUAUUCCCAAGGACGUUUGCCUGAUCCCGAUCUAGCCUUUGUAUUCGUCAGGCGCAUCUGCCAGGCAUUGAACGCGCGUGGUUAACUUGCGAUAAGUCGUAAAAACUCUGGAAUUCCUGGUCCAUGAGAGAAAUUGACAACCUCACCUAGAGCUCCCCUGUUUCAACCGCUUCGCUCGAGGUUCUGCUCGGGGGAUCGCAGAGCAAAUCCUGACAAUAGUUCGGAGUUCGAAAUGGAUUCAGGUUCCAACAAGUCCGUUUGUUUACCUUCGUCAUCAGAAGGGAAACGUGUGCGAAGUCAGUCCGUUUUACCGAGACCGUCACGUGAGUCAUCAUUGGUCAUGCGUUUAUCCUACAGGCCCACAUCUACGUAGGACGCGUGCUUGGUAGUCUCUCGAGCUGACAAAAACAACGCUAAAACGUCAGGAAGUACUCUGUUCUCGAGGUUAUUUUACAAUGCCCUCGAGCUGUUAUGCGCGCGAAGGCGACAGUUACAGCCAUUGCGUGAGAAUCAGUCUGUGAGUAUCACUCCUCCGUCUCUCUACAACCUUAUACUCCCAUUUUUCUAAUUUGUCAGCCUUCCUUCCAAUCUGGGCCGUACGAUUAGCUAAAUAGGCAUCACAUUCUACGUAAUAAAUGCCAAAUGCCUGUCCAGCCCAGUUUAAUCGAUCUCUGGUCCACAUGGUUGGACGAUGCAUCAUGAUUUCUAGUCAAUGGCGGUGCCCACGUCCUGAUCAGUUGAAAUGCCCACCUCCUUACCUCCCACCCGUUAUAGAUGCAGGGUAGGGCGUGCAUUAAAGUCGGCACAAGCAUCAUGACCUAUGCUUCUGGGCUUAACAGCAGGCACUGUUUACGAGACUUUUAAGUUAGAUGUUGCUUGUAAACCGGACGAGGCCUGGUCGUUUCCUCAUACACCUUUAUAUGAGCAUCGCGGUGGCCUUCGACUGUCGUACAUGCGUGUGUGCGCGUCCCCCAAACGGGCCACGUGAUGAGCUGGGUCAACACAGGGGGUCAUAUUGGAUUCUGGCAGGCGUUUUCUGUUUUACGCACAAUAAAAUGCCAACAUUUCGAGGUGCGGUGGCAGACCCCGUUGCCGGCGGACGUCGCGCAUACUGGGAUCCCUGCCGCUCCCACAUUGUUGUUGUUGUUGGUCAAAAGCCUGGUCGUUUGCUGUGUGGACCAAGGGGUGUGGAAUGGAACGUCAAGGCGCGGGCUUGACCGUGCCAUCCACCUGCGCACCCUCCCGCCUCCUGUCUUCUUGACUCUGUCUUGACAUCGGGUUCAGGUGGGGGGUGGGAGGAGAGAGGGUGCGGUAGAUGUUGUGCAAGUCCACUAUCACUUUAAAUUACUUUUCCGCUCUCAGCACGCUGUGGAGCACAUGGUGGACCUCGUCGGAUGCGAUGGUCGAACUAUCAUGUGUGUGUGUGUGUGACCGCUACUGCAUUUACAAGAUUUAUUGGAGCACCAAAUGAAAGACAUGGUUGAGGCAGACUGGACGGCGAGGCGAUAUUCGAGCUUGGGAAUUAGGAUGUGCGAAGCAACGCUCUAUUCAUUAGGCUUAGAUUUUGUAAUACGACUCCGGUACCUCUCAUAUCUGGGGUGGUCGCGGAGGCUGUGUUGCAAAAACCCAGGCGUCCACACUUUGAACAGUAGGACUUCAAUUUUGGCUCCUUUAUGUAGGUAACACCUUGUACCUUAUGUGGAUGAAAAAUGAAAAGCUCUCCAGGAAAUAUGACUUUGUCUUUCCGGACAGUUAAACGUGUUUCAAAAGAAAACGAAAAGCGGUCUUCCAGAAGCGUCUAGGGAUAAGGAGACUCGAUUGCUGGGAAAAGAAUCUUACUCCCUCAGAAUCUUUAAGUCAUGCUUGAAGUCAUUAUCGGAGACAGAGAGGAAAGGCGAUUGAGUUCUAUUGCUCACAGUACGGCACUGUACGCCAUGGCCUCCAGAUCCUCACUCAGAAUUUGGACUAUACCUGAGCAGAGUAAAUAGUCACAUGUAGAACGCCGGUGAUCAUUGCUACCGGUAGCAGUAUCAACGACUCAAAUCGCCAAGGCCACCAAUCGCCGACCACCAAUCGCCUUGGGGGAGAGGGGUGAGGAUCGAGCAAUUAUGCAGCAUGUGUGAAUAUUGGCAGUAGAUCUUGGCAUGCUAAUUUUAUUAGGUGUAUGGUGUUGUAACUACGGAAUACUUUAAAUACGGUCUGCCGUGAUUGCGUUACGCUUUGCUGCCGCCAUCUCUGAUGCUGGUUUGAGUGAGAAUCGGAAAAACCAGUCAAUUAAUAUUGCCACAAGGGCGACUGUCAGUCGUACAGCCUACAGACAUAAAGGCAAAAGGUUGCUGUGGUGUCCGUGUACCAGAUAUCCCAGAUGGCUACAUUACUUGUUGCACGGGUGCGCAAAAGGUUGCUUUGUGAACACUGAGAACAGUUUAGAAGCCAAAUGAAUAUUGGUAUUCUGCUGAGGACACCGUGACUUUGCAUGUGACUAACAGUAUUGGCUCCUCUGAUAUCGACAAAGAAGUCUGAACCGGGAGUGAGGCUGGAUGGUCAGUAAAUCUCUGUUAUAGUGUUGAUCCUCAUUCUCUCCACCACCACCACCACCACCACCACCACCACCACCACCACCACCACCACCACCACCACCACCACCACCACCACCACCUUAUUUGUCACUGUGUGAAUCCGCACACUCUCUCUCUCUCUCCCAUUUCCUCAGCAUCGUCAUAUUCAAUACAGUAAUUAGGGUGGCUAUUCCCAGGAUAGUGCCAGCAACGACAAAAACAUACUAGGCGUCACUGCCAAAAGGGUGAGCAGGCACUUACGCGCGUGGAAGACUGGCGUGGCAACCACGAAACUCCAGUAAAGUGACCGUGCUCGUUGGCUCACCAACUUGGUGCGGUUGCGUCAUAGAAUGCGCGAGCCAAUGACACCGUAAGCACAUCUGCAAGUUUAGGAAAUCGGUUAAACAGCAGUGCUGUUUAAAUUGGCUGGGAAUUCACCCACGCUCUCAGUUGAUCUACUUUUUCAUCUCGGUCAGUCUGUGAGUCUCUCCAGUUUAUGUAGUUACUAGUAUUAAUUUCUAUCCUUCUACGGUCAAUAUUUACGAUUUGGAUGCGUUUUCUAUGAAUUUUCAACCAUUUGGUCAGAAAGUAACUACGUUUCUAUCAAUAUGUUUGUUAAGACGCCUGGCUUAAUACAAUAGUAUCUAAUUCAUAAUUGCUAAAAUCCCAAGUACCAUCUUUAAAACUCUGCUUUACCUAUUUUUUUUUUAUAAAUUCAUAAGAAACAAUAAUUAAUCCUUGUGUACAUUAUCAAUAACAAUCUUCUGCGGUAGCUAAGUACCUACAGUUGGCUAAGGCUUUUAUCCAAAUUCUUGUAGAUAUUUAAUCUUAAUAGAGUUACAGUUUUCUUAGAAAUAAGCUCACUAUCACAAUUUUCAAGUCUGUGAUAAUUGAAGAGUGAGAUAAAAAAUCCCAUAAACCCAUUGGUUUAACUAGAAAUUCUUCCGCCAGUCCGUUUUCUCAUGUCCUAUUUUGCUAAACUGGUCUUCAAACUCAGACUCAAUGUUACAUGCACUCAUGUGUUAUCUGACGUUUUUAUUUAGGCCAUAAACAUGCCCCAACUUUACGAGGUAAGCUCUCCCCACAGGGCCAAAUCCCUCCGCCUCAAAAUAUUUCGAUCCCUUCCCUUCUUACCCCUCAUCUAUGUUUUCCAGUAAUAUUAACUUGAGAAACAUUAGGAUCAGAAGGAGUGGCUUACACAUCUUCCUUUAUAGGUCGAUAUGUGUCUUGAUGACUGCCUCAUCAGUGCCAAGGCUCGUCUGGUUAUGGUAGCCUUUGUGGACUUGAAAGAUGAGGAAAACGCUGAGGUUAUGAAGAUGCUGGAGGAAGUUAGUCGUGAAAACAAACGACUUGUGAUUCUUGUCGUGAACGCAACCAAGAACAUGGUAAGAUUGGAAUUGGUGUGGUUCACUGAAAAAAUUAUUUUAGGGUCUUGCCCGACAGUUGAACGUGACUGCCUGCCCAACCUUCCUCUUCUUUCGAAACCGCCAGUUGGUGAGUGCCAGAAUCUGAAAUUGUGUGGACUAUAAGUGGAUGCAGCUAUUUGAGUAGUUUCAAACAAUCAAGACAAGUCACCGAGAUGGAGGCUGAUAAUAGGGCUCUGUGAUACACAUAAAUUAGUGUGAUAUCUUGGUUCCACGCUCGAAUCCAACACGAAAGACGGAAUCAAGUAGGGGCAGUGUACUGUAGACCUGUGCAAAAUAUAACCCAUUAUCGGAAUCUGUCUUUGAUGAUGGAUUCGUAACGUUCGACGAAUACAACCCCUGUUCCAACGAUUGUGUCCACUUCCACUACCGCCUGGAACUCGUUUCUUCAUUUCUGUCGGCAAAAUAUAAACGUUGGUAUGUUUGGGUGUAGCUGUACGAUUCUUUACAAGCGUGAUCCGGGCUGAACGCCUCAGCACUACCUGAACAGGCAGCUAGUGUGCACUGGUUUGUGCGUCGUUUGUCUGGAAUACAGACAACAUGCAGAUGCCUUCAGGUUGAAACCUGCCAUUAUACCCUUACGGUUAUACAUGCAUACACAUUCCGUAACACACAAGGAGACUCAGUAAUUACGUUGUUUUCUCGUUUCAGUUGGGAUCUCGGGUGACGACAAAGGAGGCUAAACUGAAGAAGGACGUCGCGAAGUACAACCAGAUCUUUUUGUCCAGCCCGCACCAUUAUAAUGAAUAA